GCUAGCUAAGAUCAUCCAUGGUCCUUCAGUACCGUUGAGUAUUAUCUACCCUUUACCAUAAUCAGUUUAGCCUAGAUUGAGAGAGAAUAUUCUUAAGGCACACUGUAUAAAAUGUUUUGUUUGGUGUAGGGCUAAUUCGAGAAUGUUAAUAUUCCCUCUGACCUGUGCCAAUUAGAUGUUUUCCAGACCCAAACAUUUUAAAGAUAUACAAUUUGUACAUUUACAGACCAGUAUCCUUAAAUAGUUUUUGUAAUUCGGAAUGUCUUAAUAAUUCCGUAGAUAACCAUGUGGUGCAGAGAGAGGGUAAGCUUCUAUUCUGUUUGCGCAGUCACUGUAUAAUGACUGUGAAUGGAUACAUUUGAUCAUACAGAAAGAAAUGUGACGUAAGUGAAUCCUGUCUCUUUAAGAAAAAGGGGCGGUGCUGUUGAGAGCUGCAACCUUUUUGACAGGCUGGCCCGACGCUCACUCAAAAUCCAUUCAUAAAUAAGACAUUUGAAGCAGUUACAUUGAAUAAAUAAUUUCAGGACACAAAUGUGUUAACGUUUUUAGCGAACAAUUGCAAGAAACUCCCAGCAAAAAAUAGUUUAAAUCCUAGUCAGCGCAUUCGACUCGGCGACGUUGAGAGCAAAAGUGACUUCCGACUAGUGACCCCCCUUCUGCAGCUAUGGUUAUGACUUUAUCUGCGUUUCACCAGGAAGCUUAGUUCAUUCUGUGUUCAGAACAUUUGUCUACAGAACCUCCUGUUCGCUUUAUUCCAUCCACUAAACGGGAUUGUCGUUCAUGUGUAGCCAAGUCUAGUCUAAUUCCGUUUAACACAAAUUAUCUGCUUUUUUCAAUGUCUGCCGCCGCCUCCAUCUUUCCGGUUUUACUGAAAGUAAGUGAAACCGAGGACUGAAAUACCAAUGGAACGGUGAGAGUUAUGAUGGCAGCUAAAGAAGAGCUUUACACCAAAGUCACCCCGCGGAGGCAGCGACAGAAUCGAUCGGGCACUGUAAAACAUGGGUCAAGUCUGGACGUGCUGCUGUCCAUGGGAUUCCCCAAGACCAGGGCGCUAAAAGCUCUGGUGUCUACGGGAGGCAAAAAUGUGCAGGCAGCCUGUGAUUGGUUGUUCUCUCAUGUGGACGACCCAUUUCUGGACGACCCUCUCCCCAGGGAGUAUGUGUUGUACCUGCGCCCCAGCGGCCCCCUGCUCCACCAGCUCAGCACUUUCUGGCAGCAGUCACGGGUCACCUGCGGCAAGAACAAGGCCCACAACAUCUUCCCUCACAUCACCCUCUGCCAGUUCUUCAUGUGUGCGGACGGUAAGGUGGAGGCACUGAGUGAGGCCCUACAGGCUACAGUGGGGUCAUGGAGGGGUCGUUUCCCUAACCCUCUCCCCCUGGAGCUCUACACCUCCUCCAACUUCAUAGGCCUCUUUGUGGAGGAGCAGGUGGCAGAAGUGCUCAAGGACUUUGCCGCUGACUUUGCUACGGAGGCGGCUACUAAAGCAGAUGUGCACGUGGAGCCCCAUAAGAAGCAGCUCCAUGUGACCCUGGCCUACCACUUCCAGACCAAUCACCUGGCUGCCUUGGAGAAGCUGGCCAAGGGAGUGGACGUGUCGCUGGGCUGCGAUUGGCUGGCCGUGCUCUUCUCCCGGGACAUCCGAUUUGCCAAUCACGAGACGCUGCGUGUGAUGUACCCAUACGUGCCCCAGAAUGAGGACGAGCUAGAGCUGGCGCCUGGCGACUUUAUCUUCAUGACCCCCGUGGAACAGGGUAGUGCCAGCGAGGGCUGGGUCUAUGGCACCUCUCUGGGCACUGGGCUACCUGGACUGCUGCCUGAGAACUAUGUCAGGCGGGCAGAUGAGUGUGACACCUGGGUCUUCCAUGGAUCUCACUCUUUCAGCAACCCAGCAUCCCCGUCCAACACUGGGGGUGCAGUGGGCGGCCUGUUAUUUGAUGGACAGCUGGACGGAAGUUUUCUUGACGACCCUGGAGAUCCAUCCAGCCUCACUGUCCUCUGUCCACCUGUCCAGAUGCUGAGGCCCACUCAGUCAUGUCUUCCCAAGAGGAGUCUGUUUGUGUGUCGCCAUGGUGAGAGGAUGGAUGUAGUGUUUGGGAAACACUGGAUCACUCAGUGCUUUGAUGCUAAAGGCCGAUAUGUUCGCUCCAACCUCAACAUGCCGUCUAGUUUGCCAACGAGAAGUGGAGGCUUCCGAGACUACGACAAAGACUGUCCAAUCACAGUAUUCGGCUCCACUCAGGCCCGCCUUGUGGGUGAAGCCCUGUUGGAGAGCCAAGCGGUGAUAGAUUUUGUCUACUGUUCUCCCUCGCUGCGCUGUGUCCAGACUGCCCACAACAUCCUCAGAGGCCUGCAGCAGGAGGGGAAGACUAAGAUCCGUAUAGAGCCUGGUCUGUUUGAGUGGACCAAGUGGGUGUCUGGCACCUCUCUCCCAGCCUGGAUUCCUCCCACUGACAUGGCUGCUGCUAGCCUGAGUGUGGACACAACCUACAGACCUCAUAUUCCCAUCAGCAAGCUUGGCGUGUCAGAGUCCUAUGACGCCUACAUCAGCCGGAGCUUCCAGGUCACCAGGGAGAUUCUGACAGAGUGCAAAAACCUGGGAAACACUGUGCUGAUCGUGGCCCAUGCUUCCUCCCUGGAGGCAUGUACUCGCCAGAUGCAGGGCCUCAGCCCACAGAACGCCAAGGACUUUGUACAAGUGGUCAGGAAGAUUCCUUACCUAGGUUUCUGUGCGGCUGAGGAGAUGGGGGAGACAGGGGUAUGGCAGCUGGUGGACCCGCCCAUCCUUCCAUUAACCCACGGGCCCAAUCACAGCUUCAAUUGGAGGGAGACGCUACAGCAGGACUGAGGAAUUCCUGCCCCGUCCCCACCUCCCAGCAGCCGAGAGAGACACUGCUGAGCUAAGACGGAUGCAGCCAACGCAAAGCAAACAUUUCCUCUGCUAUCUAACUAGCGCGGUAAACACACACACACACACACCGCUAUCAAAACCAGACCAAAAAUGCCCCGCCUUCCAUCGCAUAUGCUGUGUAAACACACUCAUUGAAUGAGUCUAUAUACACUGAGGGUACAAAACAUUAGGAAUGCCUUCCUAAUAUUGAGUUGAACAGCCUCAAUUCCUUGGGGCGUGGAUAUUGAAAGCGUUCCACAGGGAUGCUGCCCAUGUUGAUUCCUAUGCUUCCCACAGUUUUCAAGUUGGCUGGAUGUUCUUUGGCUGGUGGACCAAUUGUUGAUACACACGGCAAACUAUUGAGCAUGAAAAAUCCAGCAGCGUUGCAGUUCUUUACACACUCAAACCGGUGCGCCUGGCACUUGCUACCAUACCUCGUUCAAAGGCACUUCAAUAUUUUGUCUUGCCCAUUCACCCUCUGAAUGGCA